AUGACAUUUGGCGCGUGGAAUAUGCGCACUCUUCUUGACCGUGAAAAUGCCUGUCCUGAGCGGAAAACUGCCAUCGUAGCUCGGGAACUAAGUCGCUAUAAUAUUGAUGUGGCUGCACUCAGCGAAACACACCUCCCCGACGAAGGAGAGCUGGUAGAAUACGGCGGCGGGUAUACUCUCUUUUCCUCAGAGCCGCGAAGGUCUGGUGUAGGUUUUGCUGUCAAGAACUACCUUGCUGCUCAACUAUAA